CAGUCUUAAGUACAUACAGACUUUUAGUUCAUUUUCCUUCAGUAUCCCGCACGUUUUCUUUCACAAGUUUAAAAAGGAACAAAAUAUAUUUUAAAGAAAAUAUCCAUUAUAAUAUAAGAAGCCAUGGAUGACGAGGACGAUGCGGACUUCUUGCCGCCGGCAAACACCAACACCUUUGCCAUACCCAAUGAACCGGAUUUGCUGAUGGAGUAUGACCUGUACAGACCCUCCAUGGGCACCAGGCGGCUUCAUAGCGAGCGUAAUCGCGAGGUCUACGCCGAGGCGUUCAUCGAGAAUGAACGCCUGGGUACACUGGCGGAUUUAUGUGUGCGGGCGUUGGCAAAAAUGGGCACCAGAUAUAUUUCGCCGCUGGUGAAACACGAUCCGUUAAAGCUGCGCGUUCAUUACGAUGCCCUGGACGUUAAUCUGCCGUUGAAGGACUGUUAUUUUGUGGACGAUGUGCGCUUCUGGCGACGCGUGGUGCUCGCCAAAAGCUCGGACAAGACGCUGUCGUUGAAGAAGCUCGAUGAGUACGACUGGAAAGGCAAGGGUGUGAGCCUCAAGUAUGUGGAGCUGGUCGAAGCCUGUCCGGCUGCCUACUGGCCAGAGAAGCAAAUGGCCGAACUGGGUAGCCUGGUGCGGCAAUAUGUUCGAACGAUGCACAUACAACAUCUACAGUCGCUAACGGAUGAAUCCUUCACGCACUAUGUGGAAAGUGAAGAGGAGCUGGACGUUACCUCGGAAGAGUCUGUGGUGUCGGAGAUAUCCAGCGAUGAAAAGGAUACAAUGGAUGAAGAAGAGGAGUGCGAGGAGGAGGAGGAGGAGGUGACCAUAGUGCAACCAUUGAAAAAGAAGCAUGGAGAGUCCGGAGUGCGAAUAAAUGAGCCUAAGGCUAGAAUGUUUGAAGUUGAAGUACAUUCCAUUUCAAUCGCUUCCUCGGGGGAUCUCGCCGACCAUCAGGAAAGCAAGAAAUCUAUAGCCACUGACCAGGAAGCGCAGCAAAAGCGCCGUCAAGCCCGCAAUGCCCGCAAUGCAGCUCGACAGCAGCUGCGCGAAUUGCACGCCGAAAAAAAGGAGGAGCAUGAGCGACGCCGCAGAAAUCGAGCGCUUCUGCGUAUACAGCCCGAACCGGAGCCGAAGAGAAAAAAGAAAAAGAAGGCCAAAAAAAUGCCCAUCGAGGGUGUCUUCGAUCUGGCCGUCGAACCAGAGCCGGAGGAUAAUGAGGACAAAGUAGCGGACGGCCGCAACAAGGAGAAGCUGUUGCGACGCAUCAAGCGCUACGAUUAUCCCGCCAAGCAUUGCCAUCACAUAGAUCUUAGCUUUGUGCGCUAUUUUGAUCAAUUGGUUUCGCUGACCAUCGAGUUCCUGGGCCCGCAGAUGGAGCUCAACUAUCACAAGCGGCACAUGAACUUCUCCUACGAUGACAUGUUACAUCUAGCGAGUGGUCUGCACACAUUGCGCCAGCUUAAAGUGUUCCGAUUGCGCAAUAGUCGAAUGGAUAACAUCAAGCUCUUGAUAUUGGCGCGUGUCCUUAAGCAGCUAGAUGCGCUGGAGAUAGUCGAUUUUGGUUUCGAUCAGCUGAACGAUAAUUGUGAUGUGGCAUUGGAAAUGCUGUUGGAACGCACGAAAAUGUACAAAGCGCUGGAGCUGGAGUAUAAUAAGCUGGAGCGUACUGCUGUCGAGGCCAUCGGAAAUGCACUUAGAUGCCAUUCCUUUAAUGAUCCCGAUGGCAGCCCUUUGGAGUAUCUGGGUCUGGCCCAUAAUCCAAUUAGCGAUAGUGGCCUGACGAUGCUAGUUCGCGAUCUCGUUGGCACCAAUCAUGUCGAGGAGCUGAACAUCAACGGCAUUGAGUGUCCUCCUUAUCGGGUGUCAGCCAAUAUUGGUUUUUUGUUGCGCUAUCAUAAUCCAUUGCGCCGCCUGGAUAUGGCGGCCGUAAUGCUGAAUCCAUCGGUGGGACAUGAGCUACUGCGCGGACUGGAAACUAAUCACAAGAUCAUCCAUUUCGAUUGUCGCGCCUGUGAUCUGAGCUUGGAUCAGGAGUUCGAGGCGGAUGUCAUUGUAAGGCGCAAUAACUAUGAGCUUCAACAUACGUAUUUGGGAGAUGAAACCCAAACGGAGGAGAGCCUUCUUCAACAUUUAGCUGGAUUAAGGCAUCCCAUUUUGACGAAAAUCCAAAACGAUUUGGAGCGACGGGACGAGUGCAUCAGGAAUCGACCAUCCGAAUCGUCCACUGAUUUGAGUGUCAAUGAGGAGCAAGACGAGGAACAGGAGGAGGAGUUUGACAUUUGGAAAAUGCUUGGUGUUAAAAAAUCGGUCAUCAAGCCAGAGAUUGAGCGGCAGUCAUCUAUCUCCUCGCAUCAAAGCAAUAGUGGCUUUGUCUACAAUCCGAAUGCCUUCACUCUGCAAGAGUUCCGCGAACAUCUGUAUUUGCCGGGACCCGGUAACCGGUAUUACUAUUUCCAUAAACCAGACGAGAUGUAAACACACCACAAAUCACUUCACUUGGUUAAUAUUUAGGAAGAGCAGGCUUGGAGGUGGUUACAGAGUUUUUUUUUUUUUUUUUUGUAGUUCGUUACUCGCAAAAUUUGGUGUUGUAAGAAAAAAUGUAUGGAAUGAAAAAGAA